UCAGCUUCCUCACUCCAGCCACCGCCAUGUGUCACUCUCGCAGCUCGCUACCCAGCAUGACCAUCCAGCCAGCUCCGACCCCUGUCUCCUCCACCAGCCCAGGACACCGGCGGGGUUCUGGACCUGAGAUCUUCACAUUUGAUCCUCUCCCUGAGCCAGCUCCCGCACCGGCCACCCGCACCAUCUCCUCUCGCGGGUACAAGAAGCGAAGCCGCAGGGUUCUCUACCCUCGAGCAGUGGUGCGGCGCCAGCUGCCCGCGGAAGAGCCGAAUCCUGCCAAGAGACUCCUGUUUGUGCUGCUCACCAUCAUCUUCUGCCAGAUCCUGAUGGCUGAGGAAGGUGUAUCGACGCCCCUGGAGCUGCAGGACGUCCCCAGCACCGAGUCUCCCGAGCCUACUCCAGCGCCCCAGAUCCUAGAGCCCUUCAACCUGACCUCAGAGCCCUCGGACUACGCUUUGGACUUCAGCACUUUCCUCCAACAACAUCCAGCUGCCUUCUAAGGACUCGUCCCCC